AUGUCGCGUGUCGGAUCCGCAUAUCCAGUUGUAUCACCAAGAAGACGUAUAAGUCCUCUGGUGGCAACGCCCUUUGUCAUGAUAAACAAUGGCAAACUGCAAAUCGACGCCCUAUCCAAGAAGGCCGACUUCUCUGAUCUCACAGGUCUCUCGGUGGACAUAAUGAAAAAGAUCGUGGAUACGGACAAAAUAUCGUAUACGUUGACUGUUUACGCCGGAGCGGCUACAGAUGUGCUAAAUCUCCUUAAAACUGGGGAAGCAGAUAUCGCCAUCGGUAAUUACGCCGUCCUCCCAGAACUUACCACCUCCUUCGACUUUCUGAGCAAUUACCUCUACUUCACGUACUCGGUGCUGGAGGAACCCUCAAGAGCUCUUCCAGUAGGAGCAAGCCUGUUUGACUUCUUCGGACCCCUCACAGAUGGCUUCUGGGUCCUCAUAUUCUUCUCAGCCGUCAUAGUUGCACUUGCAAUGGCCACACUCAACUAUUUUUCACCAAACAACCUGGACUUUGGAUUCAUGGAGUCUAUAUUCGUGGCAUUCGGCUGCCUAUUUCAAGGCCUUUCAGUGCCUCCACCAAAUCAGUGGUCGAGCAGGAUACUGCUUUCGGUUUGGUGGAUGUUCUCGCUGUUUUUUGUCAUCAUUUAUGCCACCAACUACGGAGCACUGAAGACACAGAGUGGCAUGUCCAGCGUAGUGUCCGGCUUUGAUGUGAGUCCUGCUUCACCUGUUCAAUUCAAUUCAAUUCUAUUCAGGGGAAGACAUGCAACCGCCCUUGAGCUUCCUAUUGUCAACACAGUGGCUAAGAAACACAUAGAUACAGCAGAGCAAUUCAAAAAGAGGUCAUUUACGUGA